GUUCACAUCUAACCGGAUAACAAGUAGAGAGGAUAGAUAAAAAGGGAAAUUCAAAAAAUUAGACCGCCUCAACCCAAUUCAAAUUUAUUCCACUUCUCACUCUCUUUCUCUGGCCGGAGCCUCAAAAAUGGAUCCACCGCCGAUUACUUUACUGAUGGUUCAGGGCCCACGAAAAGACGAAACUUUCGUAUUCCAACCCGGUUCCGCCAUCCGAAUCGGCCGGGUAAUGCGUGGCAACAACCUCCCUAUCAAAGACGCCGGCAUUUCUUCUAAGCACCUAUCGAUCGAAUCCGUAUCCGGUAAAUGGAUCCUUCGAGAUCUCGGAUCCUCUAACGGCACUACUCUUAAUUCCAAUGUGCUCCCCGCGGACACUGCAUUUGAUCUCCACGACGGCGAUACGGUGAAGCUGGGAGAGACUACGUCGAUCUUGAUCAAAAUCGAAGGCAGUGGAGGUAGCGGAGAGGAGGUGGCGGUGGUAGUCGAGAGCCGGAGGAAGAAUCCGCCGAGGAGAGGUAAGGCUGCGAAGAACGAAACAGGGAGUUCUAAUAAAGAAUUAGAGAAUUUAGAGUUAGAAAAGAAGGAAAAUGUUAGGGUUACUAGGAGUAGGAAGAAUGAGGAUUCCCAGAAUUGCAGGUUAGAUAUUCCAAAGGUUCCUGAAAAUCAGGAAGCUGCGGCGAAACGAGGAAAAGGCCGCCGUGGUGGGAGGAAAAAGAACGAGCAGGAAGAAAUAUUAGAGGAAAAAGAAACAAAAUUGACAGAGAACGAUGACACUCUUAUCAUAAAAGAAGAAGUGGAUAAGGAGGAGGAAGUGCUGAAUCCAUUGCAAAACGAAGAAAUUCAAGUAAGAAACAAUGAAGAGAACGUAGAACAUUCUAAGAUUAGGGUUAAGGAGAGCUGUGAUGAAAUGGAGAAUGAAGUUAGGGAAAGUUGUGAUGAAAGGGUAGAAGUGGAUUUGGAGAAGAUGACACUAAGGCAGUGGUUUGAUUACUUGGAGGUUCAUUUGCCCAAGCAGAUACUCGAGGCAACAGAGGAGAUGAUUGAAGAUAUGAGGAAGAAAGCUGAGAAGGUUCAAGAGUAUAUGGUGGAGCAGAAGAAAAAGGGUAAAGCUGCUGUGGGUUAGACUUAGAGCUCUGUUCCUGAUUUUUGGAAGAUUGGCUCCGAUAAAAUCGUCUCAGAGUUCUUCCAUCGGACCAAGUUCAUAGAGCUAAUGACUAGACGAUUCUGGUAACUGCUUUAUAUUCAACCUGCAAAUUUGCUAAUCAAAACUUCAUUGCAACUUCAAUUCUGGGAUAUUAGUUCUAAAUGAAACCUUUACCAAAACCUAAGGGUGCUUUUAAAUCCAUCAAAAUUUGUACAAAUUUAACCUAGAGAACUUUGGAUUGCUAUGGUUGAAACAUGGUUGUAAUUUCGUGAACACUGAUAUUAUUAUUAUAUAUUGUGUAACAUGGGAUUUAAAUAACAGAUAUGAUCUGAAUCUAAUCUUGUUCAGGUUGAGAUGGUAUUCAUGUAAAACCCUUUUAAUAAUGUUAACACCAAGAUUCGAACA